AGUCCUACAGCAGCAGAGAAGAGACACAGGAAUAACCAUGCCUGAGCCGGUCCCUGCAGGUAUGCACACACUUUUUGUGGGAACGUAAUUCAUUGUGAUUAUACAGAAGACAGUGGAUGCAGUGAUGCUGAUGCUCUUUUUGCAUGAUUUAGUUGGAGUUUUUAUAUUAGACUCUUCCUAUGAGGACUUUACCCGAAUUGAUGAUUAUAUCAAAUUAUUAUUUUUUGUUUUUUUCUUGAGAAUGAUUGUGCUUUGUGUCUACAGUUGGUUAUAAAUGUUAUGUAGCUGCAUUAGACAUGAUUUUUAAAGGUUAUAGGGGUUAUGAUAUUUGAUAAAGAUACUGUAGCUAUAUAUAUACUGUACUAUACUGUACAUUAUGAGCACGUGGCAGCUGCUGUAAGAUAAGAUAAAAAAGAUGACAAACUCUUGUGAUAAAAGUCUUCAAGUUUAACGUUCAGUUGGCCAGGGUGGGGUGUGGUUUGGGUGAGUGGAGAUGGGGUUGGGGGGUUCGGGAGGUUCAGGGGUUAGCUUAACCCCAUGUGACCCAAAAUAGUUGUUUACUGCAGCUGAAGAAAACACAAAUAUCAGAUGACCUCAUUGCAUACUGUAAUGUAAAUGUGCAAGUGAAGCAGAUUUUAAUCUGCUCUGAGUGCCCAGAAGUACAGUUUGCACACAUCUUGACAUGACGAGAGUCGAGAGUAGAUACUUGUGGAUUUAAAAAAAUUGGCCUUAAUGUGAAAUUUACAUAUCAAACUUAUUCAUAGACAACUUUCUAAUAAGCCAUUAAACUAACAGUAGUUAAGCAAACAUGUUGCCACUCUGCCUCCUUGUUGUCACCUGUCCGUGCAGAAUAUUUGGCUGAUCAUAAAUAAACCCAUAUCCACUUCUGCAGUGACGUCAGUGGGGUCAGUAUGUUAAUGACAUCAGUGCAGACAGCACAAUAUUGUUGGCUUAACUGGCAAUCUGCCAGAGCCAGCUGUGAGACAGUGACUGAAGCAGGUUCAGGGUUGAAUAAUACUGCAGACUUCAUGUGCUCCUCUUCUAUUUGUAAUGCAGGACCCACUAAAGUUUCACACUUGCUAUUGUAAGACUGCAGUAUCGCUUUAAAAGGACAUCUAUCGUGUUGAACUUUUGAGAGUUUCCACUUUGAAGGUUUUGAUUCUUUUGGCAGAAAAGAGAGAUACCCAAUUUUUCUGGUUAUAGUUUUAUGUGUUAUAAAAACUGUAGCUGAUACUUUGAUUUAGUUUUAUCCUGGUUAAAGAAAAGAUUUGCAACACACAUUUAAAAAAAACUGCAGUUAUAGUCUUUUAUAUAUCUACCCUUUUCUCUUCUUUUCUGACUGUUACCAAGUAAAAGAUUUUGCAGCUUCCUUCAAGGCAAAUGAGGAAAACCUUACAUUUACAAUAUUCCUUACUCCUUAAUACAAUAUAAUAAUUUCACAAAUAAAUUCUGAUAAAGUAUUUUUCUUCUUAAAAGCAAUAACUCUUAAAAACCUUGCUGUGGAUGUCUGUAAAAUACAUCUGUCAUUCCUAAACCAGCUUUGAGUGUCAUCAUGUACCUUUCUCAUAAAUACUUGUCAGCUGUCCUUCAACUUCCAGAAGUUGUCUCUGCUCACCUUUGACGCUCACUGGCUCUAAAUCAUCCACCUUCCUGAAACCUUAGAUAAGAGACUGUCAUAGCAGAUGGGUCAGUAGGAUGACUUGAGUUUUUGCAGGACAAGAAGUGGAAGGAGUGUUGAGCCUGUCAAGCCCCUCUAUCUAAUUUCUGCACCCAGCCUGUCAAGAUGGUAGGCGUUAUCGGCUUUGUUGGACUUGUUAGCACAUUACUCCUAAUUCUACUUUAGUCUGCUUGAUUUUUUUCCUCAGCUGUUCUUGUGCUGAUCUUUUAUGAAGAUAUAAGCUACGUCGCAUUUAUUUAUGUUCCGAGAAGGACAACCAGGCGCUACUUUUAAUCGCAGCAGUGGAAUUGAUCUUAUAUGGAUGUGAUUCAUAUUUGCGUACUACACGUCUGCACCACCCGCUGCUGCAAAGCUGUAAAUAUGAGGGUCAGAUAACCUGCCAGUGUUAAAUUAAACUCUACUUGGUGAUUCCAGGCUGUACCCUAUGUUAUAUUUGAAAAAAGAGGAUUUUUAAAUCUCAGUGUCUCACCACAGCAGUAUGAAACCAGUCAGAUUAUAUUCAGCCCAAACUUACAACCUAGCACCACUUAUUUUCCUGAAUCAUGAAUUAUUUCUGCAUUAACACCCAACAUGAGUUCAAACAGUCUGUGCUGCUUCACCAAGCAGCCAGAUCCUGCCCUCAGCUAACAGCUAAAAAUACUCCGCAAUAACCCCUGACCUUUUCCACUUUAAUUUUUUUUUCUCCAUAAGAUCAUAAGGUUUCACACACGCGAGCGUAUCAGGUUUUGCUGUAACCCCUUCUGCAGUCCCAGCCGAGAUAAAUCAUUACGUAAUCCGUCACUUUCAUCCAGAAUGUUCCCUCAUGGUCAGCAGGCCUGAUGAUCCCUCUUGAAUGUGAUGUGGUUCCAAAGCAGUCAAUCAAGCACAUCAUGACAGUUUUUAUACUCAGUGGUUGGAAGUGAUGUUAUAAAUUAUAGCUGGGAUCAUUUUAACCAUUAUGACCAGAGGAAAGACUAUCAAGGCAAGUAGAUACCAAACUGAGGUGGAGUUCUGCAAGGACCUUACUAGUUUUCACGUCCAGGACAAAAAAGUGUCUCCUCAACCUGAGAGCGAAAAAUGUAAAAAUAUGUGAAAUAUCUAGAAAUAAAAUGAUGGGAAGACCCAUAGAUUAAUUGGCAGUGAUGCAAUCUACCUUUAAAACAUCAGGGGUUUUGUAAUAGCAUGGUUACAUGUAAAACUUGAGUGUAAAAAUAUCUUAUAAGGGGGAAAAUAUAUAUAUAUAAAUAUAUUUAUAUAUUUAUAUAUAAGAAAUGAAGGUAAUGUGCUUAACUUAUAUCAGUUAAACUGAAAACCCUCUGAAUUUUUAAAAUCUUACUAAGCAAAAAAUGUGAAAAAAAAGAGAGAGAAUAUGCACAGGGUAGAUGUUUGAACUAAUAAAUUAAAGAACUUAAUUUCACAUAAAUAUUUUUUAACUCAUAACUUCUGACAACUCAUUAAUCAAAUCAGUUUAACACCAAUUCCUGUGACUUGAUCCAAAUGACAUUUAUCCCUAUGUUUGCUUUAACAGAUCCAAUAGGUAUUAAAUGAUAAUGCUGAGAUAUCUUCACUAACUGAAGCUGUCAAGGGUCACUCAAGGGUCCCUUAAGGUUUGAUGAGGCCAGGCCACCCAACACCUUUGUUUAUGUCUGAGUCAUGACAGACAGCCAUAAAUCAAGCCAGUCUAUUUGAAACGUGGAGGUAAACAAACAGUGAGGUGAUGACGUGCAGUACCUUAACUGACCACGAAAAACUGCAAACACCAAACCAUAUUUGAGACGUGCUGUUUCUAAAAAUAAACAGAAGGUAACCGAGGAGACAGAUGUACAGUAAAGAACAGCUGAACGAAUGUCUACGUGAAAUACGACAGACAUUAAAAAGAAGACACAGACAUUCAGCUAUGAUUCAUCCAUCUACAACGACUCAAACAAGUUUGCAAAUAUCUGAAGCCACAGAGAGUCUCUGAGGAGGACAUUUAAACUGAAAGGAACAGCUGUUCAGAAGUUCAUUACCCAGCUUUAUCACAAACUUGUUGAAAACGAUGAAGAUUUUCACCCGGAGGGGGCUGACUUAGCAGAUGCUGAUGCAGAUUUACACUCAGUGCAGGUGUCAAACCCUCUCUCUGGGUGCAGAAAGCACUUAUACCAGUCUAAGAGGGUGUUUGAGUGCCAUUUACAAAAGUUGUCUUAUUGUACAAACAAAAUAACAGGCAGUGAUUCUCUCAGGCUCUUAUAGCUUGGAGACUGAGUUAGAAAUUGUGUGUGCCGCAAUAUUGAGUAAACAAAGUUGUUUCCAAAUGCAGUCGGAGCAAUAAAUAUGAUUCUUAUGAGCAAUCAGCUAUUUGCAGUCAAGUAAACAUAGUAAACUGUUUGAGAAAGCAUUGAGACAUUAUGAGCAUUCCUCCAGAACAAAGCAUCUAAACAAUCAUCAUCACAUUGACGAAUGAAAAGCAUAAUUGCACCUAUUUGAGCUUAAAGCUUGGGACAAAGCUUCAUUGAAUCAUCUUGCAAGUGAGGUCAAGUCUGCCUGACUAUUCAAGGAAACUGUAUUCAGCUUAAGAGAAUGUGGCUCGACUUCAGGAAGGUCACAAGAUACCGUCCCUGGCCUUUUCCAUCUACUGCAGUGACCCUCCUCCCGAGAGACAGUGUCUGAAGGAGUUGGGUAUAUCAUCUGCCUCUAUUUCAGACGGGUAUUUUCCUUUUACCAGAUUUAGGCCUCAACAAUAACGCCCCCAGCUCUCUCCCACACCCCUCAAACUGACCAUCUAUCAUCAACCGAAGCUCCAGUUUAACUAAAAGAAACCGCCCUGUCAAGUGAAGACGGUGUAUUCAAUUUUAUCAGUAUCAGUUUCAAAGAUUCAUGGUAGAGCUUACACAGCUUCAUGGAAACUUCACAGGUGGUCAUUUCAUAAAGUGCAUAAUCUUAUGUAACAGGUAGUAUUUCAGAUUCAGGUUCCCAUGAAAUUUAAUCUUAAGUCUGAAAAGUCUUUCAUUUAACCCUUUUCUGUGAAAUUAAAUAAUCAGCAUCCUGGUAUAAAUCAUCAAGAACUUCUGAUUUAAAUGGGAAAUCAAGAGAGCCAUCACUGAGCUAUGCAUUCAAGUAUUUCUUUUAAGAUUUAACUUAUUUUAUUCAAAAUUAUUAGUUAUUACUUGGGCUGUUGAAUUUGAGGCAGUGACACAAAUUCAUUUAAAUAACACACAAUUACCACAUGCAUGAUAAUGCAUGUGUAUUGCCCUUGGUAUCGCUGAUGCUUACAAACAUACAUCAGUUGUAAAUUUGCAAUCAUCUGUUUGUUGAGAAGUCCUUACUUUAGAUUUACAUCUCCACUUUUGAAUCUCAGAUUCCGCUUCGUAGCCCUGCUAGGUGGUCUUCUCCACAAGACCAAAGUUAAUAGCAUUUACAGUCAGAGUAAAAUGAGCUACCACUGGAGAGGGUACAGCUGAUGCAAGGGAUCCCCUUAUCCUCACCAAAGAUGUCCAAGUGUGGCAUUUAUUUCCCCCCUUAUGUGGUUAAACACAAUAACACUGUGUUAGGCUAUUUGCAAAUGAAGAGGGGACGAUGUAAGUUAAUCUUAUAAGUGCAAAGUCCAACACUAUAUCAUGUUAGUAUUAUAAGUCAUGUGGCAUUCAGGUCAGUAUGCCCAUCUGUUGUUAUUUGUAGGGCUGGGGUUUGCCAUCUUAUGCUUUUAGUAUAUUAUAUUAUCAUAUCAGGAGCCUGGAGACAGUAUUUCUUCAUUUAUUACUGUUGUUAUUAUAGCAGACACAGACUUUGCUCUGAACAGGCAUAUUUGUUCUCUUCCUGGUUGAUAAACCUGAAAAAUAUCUCCUUAGGGUACAUUUACAGAAGAUGAAAAACGUGAAAUGAAUUUGUGAUCAAUUGCAAGUCAGUUAUGGACUGUCAUUUAAUUGAUCGCAUUGAAAGGAUAUAUUAUUACAUAUGAGCAACAUAUUUGUGGACUGUUUGGGACACCUUAUGUUUGGCAUUGUGGUUUACGGUGCCAGACAUGACCAUAUCCUAACAAGAGGGCAAAAAUGACAACAGUGUUAAUUUAAUAGAGUGAAAAUAAGGAUAACAAUUUAAAAAACACACAAAUAUAAAAUCAGUGUGUUUUUUACCCUUUGUUAAGAAAUUUUAUGGGUUUUGAUUGUCUACUGGAGCCAGCCUCUAGUGACCAUUCAAAGAACUGCAGUUUGAAUUUUUUGCAUGUUUUUCUCUGCCUCAUUUUCCCCUUCAGAGGUUGUUUGUGAGUGAUCUGAUUUUCUUGUAUUUGUCCGGUUACAGUAAGUGAUACAUGUCUCUAAUUUUUCCUUUUUCUCUUUCUGUUUUUCAGCGAAACCGGAGGGGGAUGGUAAGUCAGCUGUUCAGCAGCAUUUACCUUUUGACCUUUUCGUGUGCCUUACAUUAUCACACAGUGACUUGAUUAUGGCUCUCACAUUUUCACUUUUCAAUUCAAGUACUUAAGCAUGUCGAGGAAACAUACUCUGAAUUCUGAGGAUGUAGGUGUUACAUAUACAAAAUCUUGAUUUCUGAAUUUCAUACUUUUAUUAAUAAGAAUUACAUUCUUGUAUACCAGCAUGCUAUGUUUGAAGCAUUCUUACCGAGAGUGUUUCAGCUGCAUAUUAUCAGAUUACCAAAUCUGUUUACUCAACUAUUUACGGUGGUGUAAAAACACAGACUCAGAAUGAGAAAUAUCCUUUGGGUGUUUACGAGGCAUAGUUGAGUGUGGUCAUGUUGCACUAGUCUGGAUUUUAUAUUUUACACACUGAUAAAAUCUAUUAGCUCAGCUGUUGUCGCACAUCACAUAUACAUUUGAGCUACUAUGGCAUUACCCUCUAUUUGUAAUUCUAACAAUAGUCCACUAAUUUUAGCCCCAGCAGAGCCCGCAGAGGAGGGUGAGGGACACUGAAUUCCUUUUCUUUUCUCCUAUUUUGUGACUUUGAUGCAGUGCAUUCACAAAGUGUUUGUAUGUGACAUGGAGUGGGUCUGAUUCAAACUAAUCUGUCAGCGUAAUUAUCUGAGUAAUGCAUAACAAGUGGUAUAGCUCUAGAUAAUAAGUAAAGCAAUUAUUGAGCCAAGGAGAUAGGACUAUAAGUGAAUCACAUCAUAUGAGACAACAUAAAGCCGCUGAAGGGGCAUAAUGCAAUUAGUAUGCCACUUUGAUCGAGUGUGUUUGCAUUUCAUGGCUAGCCUAGAGCAUGUUUCACAUGUGUUAACUGAGACCAUAUCUUCAGUGUGUGGAAACAGAUGUAAUUUCUUUAAUGUGUUGUGGCAAUGAAAUGACAGAAAUGAAAGAACUGGUGUCACCUGUGCAUGUAUUGACUGUGGAUCACGGGCUUAUUUCUUCUGUUUUGUUGACAGUGUAAUGGGAAUGAAUGUUUUGAUUUCCCUAAGUUGACUUUGAUUUUCAGCAUGCUGGACCACUGGACUUCAGAGCAUUGAUUCGUUUGUAUAUGCAGCAAGACAAUCUGUUGAUUUUAUUGUUCACCAAGUGACUGCAACUGGAUGGAUUUUUUUCAGCUGUGAACUGAGUGAUCUUUGGGUCUCAUUUUUCCUGCAGGCAUGUAAAACGUAUUAUGUCCGGAGGUGUUCCCUGUCUUUGCAUUUUUUUGGUUGAGAUUUUUUGGGGUUGUUGUGAUUUUGGAAAUUAAAUGUUGUGAUGAUCUGAUUAAUAUCAUGUAACCAUGACCUUUUAAUUGGACAGCUACACCAAAGCCAGUACCAGAUGGUAGGCACCUCUUAGUGUCAGCAAAUAUUUUACUCUUUCUAAUUUGUUUCUCAAGUGUGACCAAAUUUAGAGAAAAAAAAAAUCCACCAAAUGUCGAGUCUCAGGCUAAUUUACAUUCAUUUUUUUUAGAUGCCCCCCCAGCAGUAGAAGGUAAGACAGAAUAAUUUACACGGAGGCUGUGGCUGCACUUUCAAAAUGGUCUUAAAAUUACCCAUUGAGCUUGAAUAAAGGUUUUUGGUCUUCAAAAAGCAUACUCUGAUUCGAAUCAAGUAGCUUAACUAUGAUUUUAUAUUUGAACAGCUGCACCACCGCCAGCACCAGAUGGUAGGCAACUCCCAGUGUCAGCAAAUAUUACAUACUUUCUAGUUUUUCCUUAGUAACAGUGUGACAAAAAAAAUAUAGUAACAGAUAAUAUCAGAACUUGAGCUAAUUAGCAUUCAUUUCCUUAGAUGCACCCCCAGCAGAAGAAGGUAAGACCAAAUAAUGCACAAAGACAUUUUAAAACAUUUCAGAAAAAACAAAAUACUUUAUCUUAUAAUCUGAAUUAAAUUACUUAUAUUACUUUAUAUUUACACAGCUGCACCACCGCCAGCACCAGAUGGUAGGCACCUCCUAGUGUCAGCAAAUAUUACAUACUCCCUAGUUUUUCUUUGUAUCCCUUGGUGUGACCAGAAAUUAAAAAGAGAAAAAUAGAUCAAAACAGAGCUUGUGCUAAUACACAUUUUUUUCAUUAGAUGCACCCCCAGCAGUAGAAGAAGGUAAGAUAGAACACCGUAUAUAGCAGCUUUGGCUGAAAUACAAGACCUUAUAAUCUGAAUUAAAUUAAUUAUCUUUGACUUUAUAUUUGCACAGCUGCACCACCGCCAGCACCAGACGGUAGGCACCUCAUAGUGUCAGCAAAUAUUACAUAUUUAGGAUAAACUUUUUGCUCGGUGAUAUCACAUAUGACAAGAUUUGAAAACAAAAAAAAUACAAAAAAACACCAAAGGUAACACAAGCUAUUUUGCAUUUAUUUUUCUUAGAUGCACCCCCAGCAGUGGAAGGUAAGACAGAACGCUGUUCAUCGAAGUUCUGUUUGCGUUUUUUCAAUAGAUUUUUCUUUUCUUAUUUUUUUUUUUUGCAAGUUUUUAUAAAGAAGUUUGAACAUGGUGAUGUUUGCAAAAAAAUAGAUCUUAUGACCUGAUUUAAAUCACUUCACUGUGACUCUUUAUUUGCACAGCUGCCCCAGAACCAGCACAAGAUGGUAGGCACCUCCUAGUAUCAGUUGAUAUUGCAAACUUUCCCCAAACUUUCCUCCUAAGCUACGUUAACUAUGAGUGAAUCUAGACAAAAAAAAUAAUAAUAAUAAUUCCAGUAAAUAUCAGAGCCCAAAGUAAUAUACAUUCAUUUUCCUUAGUUGCACCCCCAGCAGUAGAAGGUAAGACAGAAUGCUGUUCAUGAAAGUUCUUGUUGCAUUUUUUAAAUAGUUUUUUGAUUUUUUUUAAAAGAAGUUUGGUCAUGGUGAUGUUUGCAAAAAAUACAUCUUAUGACCUGAUUUAAAUCACUUAACUUUGACUCUUUAUUUGCACAGCUGCCCCAGAACCAGCACAAGAUGGUAGGCACCUCCUAGUAUCAGUUAAUAUUGCAUACUUUCCCCAAACUUUCCUCCUAAGCUACGUUAACUAUGAGUGAAUCUAGACAAAAAAAAAUAUAUAUAAUAAUUCCAGUAAAUAUCAGAGCCCAAGCUAAUAAACAUUCAUUUUCCUUAGUUGCACCCCCAGCAGUAGAAGGUAAGACAGAAUGCUGUUCAUGAAAGUUCUGGUUGCGUUUUUUAAAUAGUUUUUUGAUUUUUUUUUUUUUUUAAAGAAGUUUGGUCAUUGUGAUGUUUGCAAAAAAUACAUCUUAUGACCUGAUUUAAAUCACUUAACUUUGACUCUUUAUUUGCACAGCUGCCCCAGAACCAGCACAAGAUGGUAGGCACCUCCUAGUAUCAGUUAAUAUUGCAUACUUUACCCAAACUUUCCUCCUAAGCUAUGUUAACUAUGAGUGAAUCUAGACAAAAAAAAAUAUUUCAGUAAAUAUCAGAGCCCAAGCUAAUAAACAUUCAUUUUCCUUAGUUGCACCCCCAGCAGUAGAAGGUAAGAAAAAAUCUGUACGAGGGUGUUGUGGCGUGAGGUUAAGUGGAGUUGGUCUUUGUGACAUUACAUUUACAUGUUGCAGUUACCUGAAUGCAGUUUCUUAACCAUAAAUUUUAUUUGCACAGCCGAACCACAGCCGGCACAAACCGGUAGGCCUCUUUUAAAGUCAGAGACUAAAGCUCACGUUUUAUAAAGACUGUCUUUUCCUCAGUUUCCUACAGUAUGAUUGAACAUAUAUUGAAUUAUAGCUCUGAGAGUAAGAACCUAAGCUUAUUAACAUUCAUUUCCUUCAGCUCCACCCCCAGCAGAAGGAGGUAAGACAAGAGUCAUGUACAUGGAAGUUGUGGCUCUGUUUCAAAAACUUUUUCGCACUUUUUAAGUUUUUGUGACAUUCCCAAAUUAUAUGCUCUGAUGACCUAAUUUCAAUCACUUAACCCUGACUUUACAUUUGCACAGCUGCACCACCGCCAGCAAAAACUGGUAGGCUUCUUCCAACUUCAUCAAAUAUAACCCACUUUCUCCCAACUUUUUUUCCCCCAGCAUCCUCAAGCAUGACUUCAUAUGCUAUUGAGAUUUUGCAUUGAAACUGUAACUCAAAUUAAUUCACAUUUAUUUUUCUUACAUGCACCCCCUGGCAGAUGGAGGUAAGACAGAAUCCUGUACAUUAAAGUUGUUGAUCUGUUUGUACUCUAACAUAUGUAUACACGUACAAGUGCAUACAUGUUCAAACUGUGUGAAAACUGACCAAUGAGACUUAAGGAUAAUAGAAUAGAAUGAAUCAAGCAUUAAUUAUAAUAUUCAAACAUUGUGGGAACUCACGAAUUACAGUGACUGCUUGAUUCAUUUAUAUCUUGUCCUUUUAAAGUCUUAUUAUUCAGUUUUAGGUGACAGGUGUUACCCUUUGUCUUUUUCUUUUUUUCUUUUCUUUUUGUUAAUACCAGAAAUACAUGAAUGAUUUGCCAAGACAGUUGGAUGAAAAGGGGCGGAGCCACACUCUUCAUAACCACUUUGACCUAUGACGUUUUCAUAAUCCAAAAGAAGCUACAUUCCUGUUUGCAAUAUUAUAAUUAAAAGUUAACACAGCCGAGUGGUAUUAUCUAAAUGUUCUCAACAUCUUUAGUCUGAAAAAGAAGAAGUUGGUCCAAAAUUAUAAUCCUUCAAUACCAGCAAAGGAAAAUGUGUGAAAUUGAAAUACAGAAAAGGUCAAUUGCAGCCUGUGCAACACAGCCCAAAACAUUUGAUUCAACACAAGUCAUGCAUCUGACAAAGCAAAAUGUCAUAGUCAUACUUUGAGGUUUUGGGUCACACAGCUGAACUCUGGCUCCGCCCUUGUUGAUGAUGAAAUAGCAAGGACUGUUGUUAUUUUUCUGCAUUCGACAACCGUACAUUUUAAUGUAUGUUGUAUGUCAUCCAUUUACUGUCUACUACUGUGUCUUAACAAGUCAUUUGAACAGAUAAGGUUUAAAAGUAAAACCUUUCACACUCUAAUCAAACUAUUGUUUCCAAAGCAAAGCUUUCAAUUAAAAAAUAUAUGUCUUCACAUUACUCACUUUUGUAUCUUAAAUAUAUAUAUAUAUAUAUAUAUAUAUAUAUAUAUUUGUAGUAAAAUACAGCCAUAAAGGAAAGUGAAUUAAUUAAAGCGAGAAUAAGUCUUUGUGAAAACUACAACUAUUGUGAGUUGGGCUGAAGACAUGAAAUGAGUCUACACUGGCUAGUAUUGAUCAAAGCGACUUUGUAACCAAAGUAACACUUUGAAAAUUAAAAAGUCAAACUAUCAGACUUCUGAACAAAAUGUCUGGAUUAAAAGUCAUAUGUGGCUGUCUUUUAUCCCUUUUGAUUGAUAAUUUACUUUUCUGUCAACACCUUCUGUGACUGCAGCAAAGACAAUUUGUUUCUCAAAUGUAUAUUUGAAAUCCAGUCUGUGUAAAGUACCUCUAACAUUUUCUAAUUAAUUUGUAAAGACACAAAAGUAACUUCAUGAAUGAAACUUGGGUUUGAUGCAGGGAGUGUGUGGGAUGGUCCGUUUUGAUAAUUGUGUUUUAAAAAUUCAAUUGUUUACUUUGUUUCUUUUCUUUUGGCAUGCUUCACCAUCAGGCAUGUCAUGACACUUCCACCCAUGUUUGCAAGAUGAAAUGUUCCUCCCUGAAAUGUGAUGUUGUAUAGUACUUCUGUUUGAUAUUUGUUCAUUGGGCUUUGAUGCAACUGUUUAGUGUUUCUUCUACAAAAAUGAAAGCUGCUUUUUCAGUUUAGUUUGCUUCCUUGUCUACAGCUGAGUCAGACUUUGAUGGGGAUGGUAAGAAAAAGAGCAAAAAAUCUUAUUAAUAUGUCUGAGGAUCAUCUACUUUUGCUCCUUACAAAAGUAAUAAAUGAGUGUUGGUAUUAUGUGCAAGACCAGACGCCACAUAAUAUACAGUGUAGUGUGUACACUACUUUAAUACUCGAAAUUAUCUUGAUUAUUUCACCUUGGACUGAAGUUACGUCUAAAAUAAUAUGUAUUCAAAUUUUUGGACACCAUUUUAAUUUUGACCAAUCCACAUACCUUAACUUGAGUAUUGAUAAAUCUUGAAUACCCCUACAAUACCAGUGUGCAAGUGUACAAGACUUACAUUACACUCUCUGCAUGCACCAAAAGAUCAUUUCACACAGUAGACUGUUGAUCUGGGGGCUCAUUGUGAACAGUAUCAGAUUGUUGUAUUGACUGGAGUACAAUCCACUGAUGCACUGAGUUGUAUUCAAGGCAGGAUGAGAGUCCGUUACGAAUAUCACAGUAUUGGAACUUUUAUAAUAUCAGUAUACCGGGUGUUUUUUCCUCACUACAGCAUAUACUAUGAGAAAAAAAAUGCUGCUAUAUCUUUAAAAGAGGCUAAAACGUCUCAGAAAUGUGUAGCAGCGUCCCUCAGGCCAAGGAACUUUGUGAUCAAGACCUAACCAAAAGGUCUCAUUUGUCACUUAAGCGAUUUGAACAAUGAGAUUACAAACACAGCUGUGAUUCAUGAGAUACAGUCACAGCAGAACUAUGGCAGCUGUUGCUGAUAACAUACUGUCUUCUGAUAUGAUGGCACUUUUAUUGCCAUUCCCAUUCUUAACAUCAUGCUGUAGCCAAAUAAGAGGCUGCAAGGACAGGUCAAGCCCUGAAGUCAUCCAAGAUGUUACGGACACACAUCAAAAUGCACAGAUUUUGAGUACUGUGUUGUGUCUUGUUCUCUAUGCAGAGCAUAGAGAGCUGUGGGUGGUCAACAAACUGAGGUACUUCUUCCCAGCCACACAGUGCAAUUCAUAAAUCAUCCGUCUGAAAAAUACUGGGGUUGCACCACAACUCAAAUUUAACAAGGGAAUUCAAGAGCCAUGACUCACGUUGCAAAGGCUGCCCCUGUCUGCUGUGGUCUUUCAAGGGCACAGAUCCCAGAGCGAUACAAUGGACAUCCACUCUGUCCAAACUGAUUAGGAGUAGAUUGGAUGGAGAAGGGUUAUGAAAGUGCCAAGACUUCGGGGAGCUGAAGGCAGCUGAUGCCUGCGGUGCCCUUGAAAUGUUCUGUAUGUGCAUUGACAUGUACCUGCUGAGCCUGAGGGUGAACUCUGACUGUAAUAUUAUUUUGCUUUUCCCAUUUGGACACCUGAGUGAGGUCUAACCAAUCUGAAACUGUGUCGGCCAUAAUCCACAUCGGUUGAGAAGAAGUCAGAUUUACCAAGAAGUAAGUAGAAUGGCAGAACUGUCUGUCAUGGCUGCUUCUUGACCAGGAGAAAUGUUCUGUCCAAAGCCCCUCCAUGGGUGACCUGCCUGCGUUGUGCUCCCACAAUAAGGUUGCUAUCUUGGGUUUGCCCUGCUAAUGGCCUGCUCAGCAAAGUUAGGGGUCAAGCAUCUGGGGUGAGCUUAUUAAAUGUUAAUUUUGGUUCCAUGUCUUCUCCAUAAAUUCUUUGGGGAAUGGCGGCUGUGAUGCUAGAGCUAUAUCAAUGCGUCCUCCUGUCCAUUUAACUCUUUCUAACAUUUAUGAGCGCACAGUAAAUCAGAUAUGUUGCAGCUCAAGAAUGCCUUUCACAACAAUGACGGGCAGAUGUCCUAGUUGGAGUUCAGAGAGAGGUCUGUCACAUGUGGAAAGAUAGCUUAUACAUGCACAGUGGCAAAGAAUAAUCUAUUCUUUCUGUCUUAUAAUACUUACACAGUUUAAUUACCAAAGAAGUUUCUGGAUGCUAGAAUCAGCUUGUUAGCUGAUAAGCCAUCAAGUAUUUGGCUUUAUCUGGAAAUAUGACCAAUUGUUCUCUUGGGUUUUUCCUUUUUUUUUCAGUGGAAUUAUAACAACUUAUGAAAUUCACAUCCUUACAAAUAAAUUGUCAACAAUAUCGCACGGUUUGAGCUUCCCCAGACUAAGCUUAGCAUAAGAGGAAAAUGACUGCCAGCUGAACUUAGUCAAUCUGUCAUGUGUUCAUAACAGUGGGAAAACAUUCCCACUGGAAGCAAAAUACUAAUUUGACUCUGUGAAGAGAUUUAAACCGGCUAUCCCUGGCUGAUGGCACGGAAAGCAAGCUACCCUGAUCCAACAAGAGCAGCUGACUAAAGUUCAGAGGGAAACCCGAGGAGAUAAACUUCACUUUGGUUGGGAUUCAUCCUAGUUCAGAUAACAGGCUAUCCAUAUCCGAUUUUAGCCAUGGGAACAGAUUUAUCGAAAGGCUUAACAGGUAUUUAGCUUAGUUUUACAACAACAUAGUUUUGCUGUCAGCAGUACUGGAGAGCAGAGAGGUUUGAGGCAUGAGGGAGAGAACGAGUCCAAAAAGAGGCGUCUAACACAAGUCUAAAUGACUAAUGGUUAACUUUGUGAACUUCAGAAAGAUGUAAGCGUUUGCAGAAAAUUGAGAAGCAUUCCUGAUGUUGUUUUUACUUUAUAUAUAUAGCUUUUGUUUUAAGCCUUGAUUUUUUGAUCUGCCUUUGUUUGAUACCCAGCUCUUGACUCCAGUGUGGAAACUGCACCACAACAGUUUUGCCAUCAGUGCGUCUAUUAGUGGAGUCUCUGUGUGGGAAGAGCUUAUCAUACCAGGGCUGUUUCGAGCCAUACCCAGGGGGGCAUACAGUGUAUGUGGGGGGGGGGAUUAUUACCGCGUGGCCAACUGCACACUGUUUUGGGGCGCUUGCACAAGCAUUGCUAAAUAUUACCAUGAAGUUUCUGCAGAAAUCAAUACUCAAAACAAAAAUAGUUCAUAGAAUGAGUCUAAAAUCACAUGGAUUUCUGCAUGCUCACUCAGUAUGGGGUAAAGUAAUGAGGUUUUUUUAUUACAAACAGUACUGCAGGAUCAGUCCAAAAGAAGUAAUCAAGCUAAUUUUUAAUAAAGAUAAUUAAUCCCUCCCAAGUUUGGUGACUCAAAGCGUAGUAAUCAACACACUUGAUUACUUUCGGUUUUGACUGAUAACAGUCAUGAUCUUACUUCCCUUUGUAAAACCCUGUUUUGAUUGCAUUUUAUGGUGUGCUGUAUUAAUGUAAUAACUCUUACAGAAUAAUCAUUCUGUAUUUCCUUCUGCCUUGUUUUACCCCAUGAGUUACGCUGACUUAUGGUACAGUAUAACAGCAGAUAGUUAUACUUCCAUAUGUUAAACCAGAUAUUUGUUUUUCCUAGCUUUGGGAAAUCCUGAAAUGGAGGGUAAGGGAAACUGGGGGCACAGUGUGUGACUGUGUCUAUUUACAGCAUGCAUGCUAAUGAGAUGUUAAUAAAUGAAGAUGAAUGCAUCCUCUGUUUUGUUGGUUGAUGGUAUUUUUGAGAGAAAGAACUUGCAUCACAUUGUAUAAUUUUUUGAGAUGUUAUUGUGAAUAUUGAGUAUAAACUGUUUUUUGGGUUUUUUUUUGCACCUUGAAUCUUAAGUUUUUUUUUUUUUAUAAAGACAGAAAGUGCUGAUAUGUGGAGGCCAACAGGUGCACAUGCAAGUUGUGUUAUACUUAGCAUCAUCGGAGCUCAUUACCACAGAGUGGACCAUGUGAUUGUUAAUGAUACUUUGUUGAGCGAUUAUGUAUCCCUGAGGCUUUUGCUUGUUUGAUACAUGAAGCAUCCACAUCGCUCUCUUGACCUUGAAUGUAUUCAGAGCAUAUGGAGUGUUUUACUGCUCAGAUGACUCUGUGUUUAGUUAUUUAAAUAGUGUUAUACAUGUUUUAUGCAACAGACACAUUUUUGUUGUUAUACUGCAAGUGUUUAAUAUCUUUAAAACACUGAAGUGCAGUCGUCACAAACACUGUUAUGCAUUUUUUUACCCAUGUUAUUGAAUUACAUGUUUCGGUCCAUUUCUGGAACACAUAUGUCAUUGGCUAGUAAUCACCUAUAUGCUCUCACACAACACAGAAAAAUCUAUCUUUUAUUUCAUGGGGAAAAAAACCCUUUCCAUCCACUAAAAUUUUUUCUUUUUUUUCAUGUUCUUCCCCAAUGACGCACAAGAUCUACAAGCUAGGUCAAUCAAUAAUCAGCCUUAGUAGCUUCUGUUGGAGAAAUCACCAUCAGUACAAGAACUUCUGUAAUUUUUGAUUUUGACAAAAACUUGAGAUAUGCACAAUCUUUUAGCUGUUUUACAAAUCACAAAACAAAAGCACAUUGCUAUUACUUUCCAGUUCUGACAGUUUCAUUAAUUACUCUUUAUUGGGGUAAUGUCAGAGGAAGCAAAUAAAUGCAUGGUUGUUUUUCCUGACAGCAGGUUGUCUGCAGAAUCUUUUUCUCACUCUUUCUUGAUUCCUUUUCCAAGUGCUGGUGGUAAAUUAUUUAGAGUUUCUUCCUUUCGCUAACAUCAGAAUAUUCAUCCAGGCAGAGUUUGCAGAUGUAUUUCAAAGUUUGUCUCUUUCAAAAAAAAAAGUGUCUCAGCAUCUCAUCAUGUUUCUUGCACCCUUGUUUGUUGCCCCCUGUGGUCGCUGACAGUGUCAUGAAAGACUUUAGUGUUUUCCUCUGCUUGUCUCAUUAAUCCUGUCAAAAUUGGAGCUGUAAAUGCAUUUUUCCUUUCCUUUUCAGAGUCUGGGUCGACUGAGCUCACUGGGCUCUUUGUUGAGAAGCCCCCAGAAAAUGUGGUUGCCAUUGCAGGUGAGGAGAAAAAAUAAAUGGAUUAAAAUCUAUCAGCACCCUGGCAACCCCCUUCAUAAUAUGUAAAAUGAUUAAACAGUAUAACAUGUUAAUCAGUGAUUGUUUGUGCAUGGCAGGACAGGAUGUCAUUUUCAUUGCCAAGGUUGACUCAACCACACUGGCAAGAAAACCCACAAUGAAAUGGCUGAAGGGCAAAUGGAUGGACCUGGGCAGCAAGGCUGGAAAACACAUGCAGUUCAAAGAAACUUAUGACAGAAACACGAAGGUGUGUUCAAGAGACAUAGGCACUAUAAUGAAGUGGACGACACCACUAUUAUUUCCCCACCAGACCCGUGGGUUUUUGGAUUUGGCAUUUCAGCUGUUGCUGUUGUUUUUCUUUCUUUUUGAUUUUUAACAUGUUUUGUAAUAAAAUAGGAUAUUCCACAACAUAUUCAAGACAACAUGACAUGAUAGCUGAAUGAAUAUAGCUGAGUAUAUGUAACUGCCUACUGAAGAUAGAAGAAGUAGCACUGGAGUGAAAGUCAGAAGCAGAGCUAUCUUUAUUAAGAGUGACACCUAUUUACUGUAAAUGGCACCAAAAUUCACUAAAUGAACAUGAUGCCUCACUGAGGAGGGUUUAAAAGCAUAAAUGCAAAUCUAAAGCAAUUUUAAAAAAGUGUUAGCUAAUGUAAUCAAUCAUCUAUGAAGUGUGAAUGUUUGUUCAGCUGGUCGUCUGCAGACCUACCUGUUAUCGCAGCCUUUGGGGUUGUCCCCCUGCUGACCAUCAGAAGUAAAUGCAGGCAUGAGCUUCAUUUCAAAUCCUAAGUAUUAUAUCCACUCCCCACGAACAGCAUAUGGUUUAAGUGAGACUAUUAUACAUUCGCAGUUCCCAUCCUGAGAAGUUAUAAACUCCAGUUGUCUUCCCACAGGUCUAUACCUAUGAGAUGAAAAUCAUUAAAGCAGUUGCUGGAGAUGCUGGCGGCUACAGGUGUGAGGUCUCAGCCAAAGACAAGUGUGACAGCUCCACCUUUGAGGUCACUGUGGAGGGUAAGCAAAACCAAACCCUGGUCUUUUAAGACCCACACAGAUUCCAUAAGUGCUGAUGUUCUGAUUCGAUACGGGUCUAAUGCGUAUCCUCCACAACUUCUCCCAUUACAGUUGCACAGCAGGAGAGCCAAGAGGACAUUUUGUCUGCCUUCAAGAGAUCGUAAGUGCUUAUCUAUCAAAGGGAAAUGCAUAUAGGGACUAUUUUUAAUUAACACUGGUGGUACAUGAUGAUAUAGUAAAGUUGAGGUUAUGCAAUGUCAGAAGAUAUGCCUGCUCUUGAUUACAGCACUGUAUAUGUGUUUUCAUACUCACAGGGAUGCUGGAGAGGAUGAGGGAGACCUGGAUUUCAGUGCUCUACUUAAAGCCACAAAGAAGUGAGAAACUUCAGUGUGAUUUUCUUUGCAAAUAAACAAGUUUUAAAAAGUUUAAGCAUUGCUACUCCUUCAUGUUUCUUCUGUUUCAGCGAUAAACCCCUCUGCUUUGUCUGACAGGAGAAAGAAGCCUGAAAAAGAGGAACCAGAAAUUGAUGUGUGGGAAUUGCUGAAGAGUGCCCAUCCCAGCGAGUACGAGAAAAUUGCCUUCAAGUAUGGCAUCACUGAUCUGAGGGGCAUGCUCAAACGUCUGAAGAAGAUGAAGGUGGUCGAGCCCAAGAUCAGCGAGGGUAGGUCGGGUCAGACAAGAUGCAAAGGAAGGGAAAGAAGCAGGGGAGCAUGUGAAAUAUGUUGUAAAGCUAUCAGGUGGUGGGAGCUUACCUCCCAGGGGACGUGGAGGAGGUAGAGACAGCAUUCGGGGAAGUUACUCAGAAGCUGCUCAACAUGAUUCCAGCUGAUUAGUUUUCAGUCUGAAUUUGCCUUUUUUUUACAGCCUUCCUAAAGAGACUUGAAUCCUGUUACUCAGUGGAAAAGGGGAAGAAGAUCGUCCUGAGGUGUGAAGUAGUUGAUGCGGACGUCCAGGUCAAAUGGUUGAAGAAUGGCCAGGAGAUCAAACCCUCAGCCAAGUACAUGUUCAAGAAGCAAAAGCACACACACACACACACACAUACACACACAGACACACACUGGAAUUAUUAUACACUUAGGGUCUAUUUUUCACCAUUAGCCCCAUUCAGGACAUUAGCCUAAUUAGUAAGUAGUCUUGGGCCUUCCUAUCAAGGACUUAAUGGGGAGUGUUUUAAAAAUAUCCCUCUAAAAUUAUCUGAGCUACAGAGUCAUACUCUGAAAUGAAGCUGCCAUCAACACGUUUUAUUUUGGGCCAGUCAUAAGGAGCCUCCUGGGGGGGUGGGGCAAGUCGAUUUGCCAGGGUAUCUCAGACAUCAUGUAAGCCAAUUCUCCUCCAGGUAAAAAAACCCCACACAUCUCUAAGUCCGGAUGGGGGGAAAUCUAUGGCUCAGACAAAAACUGAAAACCACAAACUGGGUCUUCUGCUUAAAAAUCCGGGAUUGUCUGCCAAACUAUUAGACUAAAUAAAAAGAACUGAGUGAAAUGAUGUAUUAAGGACACAUUUGAUGGUUUUUAUUUGGAUUUUCCUGCAAAUAAAUGUUAAGAGCUCAACAUCAAAUACAAUCCUGCACUCUAUUUGACCCACAAUCUGCUUCUUCUACCUGUCACUUUUCAAGGUAUGUUAUGGAGUCUCUCGGGAAUGUCAGAACGCUCACCAUCAACAGGACGUCCCUGGCUGAUGAUGCUGCAUAUGAGUGUGUGGUUGGUGAUGACAAGUGUUUCACAGAGGUGUUUGUCAAAGGUGCGUAAGCUUUAUUUUGACAGUUUAUCACAUUAUGUCAAAUGAUUGAUAGGAAUUUUUGAGCCUUGUGGCGUUAACACCCCUGGAUGCUGUUCUGCCCAGAACCCCCUAUUACCAUUACCAAACUGAUGGAUGACUAUCACGUGGUGGUCGGAGAGAGAGUGGAGUUUGAGAUUGAGGUGUCAGAGGAGGGCGCCCAUGUCAUGUGGUCAGUAUAUCAGCAGUUCAGCGGUAUAGAUUUCUGUGUCACUCAUUUUCAGCAUAAAAAAAUAAAGAGGUGUACAAAAUCCUAUUUAUGUUUAUCUAAAAAAGCCUAUUAUGUCUUUUAAAAUCAUUAGAUUAAUUUUUGUGUUAUUCCUUUUUUGCUGCCACAACAAAGAUACAAAAUUCCACCAAAUUUCAAUCAAAGCUUAGUAACAUUUAGAUUUAGGUGAAGCAGAUGAAAAAAUAUCUUUAAAGUGAGAACUAUUUUUAACAAGUUCUCAGUCACUUUUUGCUUUCAUAAAAGAACAGGAUAGUUUGACACCAAGGAGCACUUGUUUUUGUCUUUUAUAUGCUUUGAAACACAAAUAAAAAAAGAGAAAAACUUAAACUCAGGGGCAGGAAAGAUCCAGUAGGAAAAGCCAGCAGGCAGCAGAUACAGAUCUGGUGCUCAACGACCUUGUGACAGAGUAUGCAAGCUAGCGGGUUUUACGACCAGCAGUUCCUACCAGCGCCAACACUCUGGUACGUGAAAUGUAAGAGAUGACAGGGAUCACGAGAAAAGCAGAAAGGGUGGGGCCUCUCUUAGCGCUCACCUCUGAUGUACUCAGUAGGGUUAAGCAGGGCCACACCUGACAGAAAGCUACCAUAUCACUGUACUCUUGUCAUCAUCCGUCUCCAAGACUGCUAACGUGUUCAUGUCCUGGCUCUUGAAGCUUUGGUUCGCAACUUUGUUGUGAGCUCCCCGUUACACCCUAGCUGCUAAAAAUAGCAAAUUAAAUAUUCAUUAUUGAUACAUUUUAUUUGUUAAAGGACCAUGUGCAGUAUUAAAAAUGCAUUUUGUUAAGAUGUUGAGGUUGAUUCACAUUGGGAGUUGCUUGGGUCACAAUUGAAGGAAACCUCAAUAGAGAAUAAGCUGACAUGUUAUUUCCAAACUGUAGGAAGAACUUUAUUAUAAAUGCUGGGCAGCAACAGGUAUAACACCUGCUAGUAAUAAAUACUUUAUUAUCUGUUCUGGUCCUCCAUUGCAAGAUUCCUUACAAUAAGGAGGUAUGUGUAUCAAUGGUAACAUAGUGACAAAGAGCUCAUUUUAACGUGGGAUUUAAUAUUGAUGACCUACAGAAAGUAGGUUUUCCUGUAUAACUUUUAACAGUCACUGAGUUAAUGAACUAUUUCAUUUACGGUGCAGCUGCGUCAUAUUUCAAAGAGUUUGUUUUUCCAUCAUUUUGUUUACAAGGUUUUUUGAAGAUGUAGAGCUCCACAAAGACAAAGAUACAAAGUUUCGCUUCAAGAAAGAUGGAAAGAAGCACAUGCUGAUCAUCCCCGAGGCCACGCUUGAUGACAUUGGAAUGUACCACGCUUGGACAAACGGUGGUCAUACCAAAGGAGAGCUGGAAGUGGAAGGUACCACUUGAAAUUCUGUCCUUAAUCUGGAUCGUCUUCAAGUGUUUGAAAUUUAAAACUUAAAUUAAUCAGUUUGAUUUAUGUGCUGUUGGUUUGCAGGGAGGAAAAUACUUCUGAAAAAAUUUUAAAGGGUUUAUGGUCUAGGUUAUAAAAGUAUUUAAUCUAGGUUCCUGUCAUUUAAAUAGAUACCUUUCUCCUUUACCUUCAUAAGCACUCUUCCUCUGUGGUAUUUAAUGUCUCUCUCAGAGAAACAACUGGAGGUGCUGCAGGACAUUGCUGACCUGACUGUCAGGGCCACAGAUCAGGCCGUGUUCAAGUGUGAGGUGUCUGAUGACAAGGUGACAGGAAAGUGGUACAAAGAUGGAGUGGAGGUCCUGCCCAGCGAUCGCAUCAAGAUGAGUCACAUCGGAAGGUACGAGAAUUUGUGAAUGAGUUUGAAAAUGUUUGCAGGACGCUUUCAUUAGUGAAGAUCAAACAUACUCUGUAAGUUGUUAUUUCUAAUUCAUGAGGCAGAUGUUUUCCCUACACCGAAUCCUCUCUGCUUGUUUCAGGUUCCAUCGCCUGGUUAUUGAUGAUGUGAAGCCAGAGGAUGCGGGAGACUACACGUUUAUUCCUGAUGGAUACGCUCUGUCACUUUCUGCCAAACUCAACUUCUUGGGUGAGAAAGACAGAAUGAUCACAGGGAUGCUAUCAUUCAUGCAUUAAUCAUGAGCAGCCUGGGUAAUAUUGUCAACUCUCUUCUGUGUCCCGAAACAGAAAUUAAGAUCGACUAUGUCCCAAGACAAGGUAGGUAGCAACAAAUCAGAUCACUUGAGAAAUAAUUAAUAAACCUUCCAUACUUUAAUCCUCACUUUUGCAUAAUCUUUUUCUGUCUUUGCAUAUCUAUCAUUAACUAGAUCCACCAAAGAUCCACCUGGACACCUCUGGAAACAUGGUGUCCCAAAAUACUAUCAUUGUGGUGGCUGGAAACAAACUACGUCUGGAUGUUGAAAUCACUGGAGAGCCGGCACCCACUGUGGUUUGGUCCAAGGGGGAUCAGGUAAGGGUCAUAGAGCACAAUCAAGUAUUAACCAGAGAAGAUGACAAAACUAAGCUCACACAGCAGCCGACUAAAACAGGGAGCAAUGAAAUAGUGUUCAAAACAAACACGUGGUUCAUAAUCUUCAAAAGUCAUUGCAUUCUCUAGUGAGCCUAUCAUGGCUGUAUGGAUCAGUGUUUCCUAUCAGUAAUUACCACCUCCUCUCCCUCUUUUUUUGUUUUUAUUUAAAAACCACUUUGCUGGGAAUAAUGCUUUUCGAAGUUUGGUGAGGACAGAAACCCUGAUUCAGCCCAAGAUAUGCAAGAUUUAAUCGGAUGAAGUUUGUCCGGGGAAGUUUAUAAAAUCCUUUAAAUGUCUGUGGUUUUGUACGUAUGUUUCGAUUUUGUGUCACUUGGAGUUACUGAGUAAAAAGCGCACAAAAGAAACUUGAUUCAACCCAAAAAACUUUCAAAAUUAACUUUGUGCAACUCCGUAACUCCGCCCCCGCGUAGUUGUGUCCUCUUUUAGGAAGUCAGAAUAUGGUCACCCUAGAACAACAGCCAGUGUCCCAAAAUACUAUCAUUGUGGUGGCCGGAAACAAACUACGUCUGGAUGUUGAAAUCACUGGAGAGCCGGCACCCACUGUGGUUUGGUCCAAGGGGGAUCAGGUAAGGGUCAUAGAGCACAAUCAAGUAUUAACCAGAGAAAACUAUGUUUAUAUCAUAGUUUAGUUUAGUAGAUUGCCAGCAUACAGGGAAGUUAUUUAGCUAACAAAAGUCAGUAAUGUCAGCUGUGAGGUGGUUAAAAAUAACAUUGGCUUUUGUUACUGACUUGUUGGUAUCUUCAGAGUUCAAAAAUAUCAUUCCUCUAGGAAAUUUCUUUUUCUGAUAAAUAAAGACAGCAGUUAAUAAUUAUCAAGUUCUGCUACUUUUAAUAUGAGGUGAUAAGUGUUAUGUCACAGAAGCUAAAGCUGAAGACAGAACUACAUAGGUGACUUUGAGGUGAAAUAGGGCAAUGCUAACUUUUACCUAAUAUCUCAAUCACAAAGAAAGCUAAAAGCAUCCAGAUCUGCAGAGUAUUAACAUAAUAUGCAAAAUUACCCAGGAGAAAUGUAGAAUUUGUGUGAUCCACAGACACACAUGGUAAAAGCAUGUUUGAUACAGAUAUUGUUUCUCUGGACAGACUCUUCUGACUGCUUUCGUAGCUCGUAAGAAGGAUCGUGGGAGUGAUCAAAAUACUUCUGUGGUUACCCUGUCUUGGUUCUCAGAACUGCGAUUUCCCUGUUUUCUAGCCUAUUACAGAAGCCGAGGGCCGCGUCAGGGUAGAGAGCAGGAAAGACUUGAGCUGCUUCGUCAUUGAGGGUGCAGAGAGAGAGGAUGAGGGCAACUACACCAUUGUUGUCACCAACCCUGCAGGAGAGGACAAGGCUGUGCUGUUCAUCAAGAUUGUGGGUAAGUGAUAAUCAGCAUUAAGUAAGCAGAUAUUCGUAUUUAUUUUAAUCCUUACCUCUCUAAUGUAUGUUGUGAUCUUUUUCAGAUGUGCCUGACCCUCCUGAGAAUGUCAAAUGCACAGGAGUGGGAGAGGACACUGCCACCAUUAUUUGGGACGCUCCCAAGUUUGACGGUGGAGCACCACUCAAAGGUAUUGGAUGGAGUUUGAGUGAAGCAUUUCAUAUUUGAUAGCGCUGACAUGUGGGAUAUCUCUUUAAUUUAUAAGCUGUGGCUCUUCUCCCUCAGGUUAUCUCAUGGAGAGGAAAAAGAAAGGCUCAUCUAGAUGGACGAAACUCAACUUUGACGUAUACGAUUCCACCACAUACGAGGCUAAGAGGAUGAUUGAAGGUGUCCUGUACGAGAUGAGGGUGUUUGCCGUCAACAGCAUCGGCAUGUCUCAGCCAAGCCUCAGCUCCAAGCCCUUCAUGCCUAUUGGUUCGUAUCACAGCCAGCUUUAUUCCAUCUUUCUUUCUCCCUUUGUGCCUCACCCAUGUGGAGUCACACACUGAUUCUCCUGAGUGUCUCUCUCUGUCACCCUCAGCCCCAACAAGCGAGCCAACACGUUUGUCAGUGCACGAUGUGACAGACACCACAUGCAGCCUGAAGUGGCUUGCCCCAGAGAAGAUCGGAGCUGGAGGCCUGGACGGCUACACUAUUGAAUACUGCAAGGAAGGAGGUGAUAAGAAAAUAAUUCUAACAUUCAUGAGCGAUUUAACAACAUUCUCAUUUGAAAUUACAGCUUUAAGACAUUCAUUUAACAGCUGGCGUUAAUCAGUUCUAGAAAUGGCUGCGUCAGUCAUAAACUUAAUAAGAGAAUUAGUGUAUGAACCCUUUAAUUUACAAUCACAAUGAAUAUGUGUAAUGAAAGUUUAGAAACAUAACAGCUAAUUGAAAUCCUACUCGCUGAGAUUUAUUACAUGUAAUUCUCUUUUAUCGCAGACACUGAGUGGGUGGUGGCAAACCAGGAGCUGUGUGAGAGGCAGGGAUAUGUGGUGCGCAACCUCCCCGUGGGAGAGAAGAUCAACUUUAGGGUGGUGGCAGUAAACAUUGCUGGACGCAGUCCUCCUGCAACGAUGGCUCAGCCCGUCACCAUCAGGGAGAUCAUGGGUGAGUCAUUCCGGCUCACUCAGACAUGAACGGACAACUGGAGCUGUGAACAUAUUUCAUGGAUAUUAUACAGCAUAUUCUCUCAUGGCAUUUCUAGCUGACACUGUUAUGUCAGUGCACGCUGUGGUUUUUAAAUAUAGAUGCUUUUGUUGCAUGAUGCAGUGUAUCUCACUAAGAUUUGUUUUCCUGCUUCAGAGUAUCCCAAGAUCCGCCUCCCCCGUGAGCUGAGAACAAAAUACAUAAGGAAAGUAGGCGAGAAGAUUAACCUGGUCAUCCCCUUCCAGGUUAGAAACAACCUCGAGUGCAGUCUGCGUGAUAUUCUGUAGCGCUUGAUUAUAAAUCAGAGACUAGGACAAGAAACAGCAGCAGGAAAAAAUGAGUUGCACAGGCAGAAAUGUCUAGUCCAUCACAAGAAAACCUAAAUGUUAAAUUAUUUUGAAUUACUGUAGGGGCUGUGAGGAACAUUUUAGUAUUUGAGGAUCAUAGAAAAAAUAUAAACCUUAUAUGUUUAUUAAAGGGAGCUCCACUAAUUUUAUGCAUUCAAAUGUGUUAUUCAAAGAUGUUGGGGAUUUCUGCUGCGUAUGUGAAAACUUGCAUCAAGUCUUGUUAUUUCUGGAUAUUCUACAUUGAUGUUUAAUUUCUUUUUAAAUAUUCAUCAUAAGUUUACAAGUGUAAUCAGCUGAGAAUUAUAUCAAGUAGAAAACCAAAAUUUUAUAUUUUUCAUAUUUUUUUAAUUCCUUGAAGGAGUUCCUUUUCUAAGACUAAAAUUAAGUCUGUGCUAUAGUUUGAAAGCUGUGACACAGUCAUCUACAACUUUUUUAUCUGUUUUGUGAUUUCAGUUGUCAUCGUAUUCUUCUUUAACUAACAUCAUCUUUUUGCCUCACAGGGUAAACCUCGUCCUGUCGCCACCUGGUUCAAGGACGGUCAGCCCCUCGACCCCAAAAUGGUCAAUGUCCGUAACUCCAACAUCGACAGCAUCCUUUUCAUCCGUGCAGCAGAGAGAGAGCACUCUGGAACAUAUGAGUUGGUGUUGAAGAUUGAGAACAUGGAGGACAGAGCCACCAUCAACAUCAGGAUUAUUGGUAAAUUUGCCAGGAUCUCUGCAAUUGGCAACAUAAACUCAGUUUACAGAUCAACAACUGGCAUGAACUUAAAGAGUUGGUCACUUGUCUUGUAUUUAACUAGCAGUGCAAAUACUCUGGUAAGAGUGAAAGCAUAGAUUCUACUUCAUUGUAAACACCAUAGACUGUAAAAAGAAUGGACAGAGUCUGCCUCCUUGCUGGGUGAAGCCACUCCUAAAACAGCACCCUCUGUUGAUGGGCUGCAGUAUAGGUCAUAAAUCUCGCCUCUGCCAGCAUAGUUUAUGGGGCUGUGGACAAAUUUUAAAAAUUCAUUACACAGAACAUAAAGUUUCUCCCCCCUGCUUGUGAUGUUGACAUGUAGUUACAGUAAGACUGGUUUGCGCUCAAGUCCUCUUUUUUCUGUGAAGCUCUGUUUUUAAAAGUUAAAAGGAGGUUCAUGUUUUCUUCGAUUGACACUUGAUACAGCCUAUUGGUGAUCAGGGAUUGCGCAGCUCACCUCGGGAUUACGCUGUUUGAGCCGAGCGUCAUCACAGCGACUCUCGGCGACUCUCCCGCUGAAUGCACACAACGCUACUGUGCAGCGCUGGUUUCAGGAAAUGAAGAAAAAUCCCGGAAACUGAGAGUACAGAUCUUUGUUUGAAGCUCAUACGUGUUUAUUUGUUUUUUUUUAUUGAUUUUGGCGCCCCGUGUGGGCAUUUUUGGGCCCCUAAUCUUUCCAUUGAGCUUUUCAUGUAAAUGUGUAAAAAGAGUUUUUACAGUGUCUUUGCAGUCAAACAUGUCAGCCACUUUAAAAUUAGUAGAAAUAGGACAAAAAUACUCAUGUUUGGUCCUGAUACCUGAAAGCUUGACUUUAUUACAAUAACAGCUUUUUUUUUUUUUUUUUAGUUUGUUUCCUUCCACCUGUGGUACAACAUUUGUUCUCAUUCCUUUCAGAAAAGCCUGGACCUCCUGUGAAUGUGAGAGCGACAGAUGUGUGGGGCUUCAACGCAGCUCUGGAGUGGAAUCCCCCCACAGAUGAUGGUAACUGCGAGAUUACCGGAUACACAAUCCAGAAGGCAGAGAUGAAGACCAAGGUGAGAAAUUCUCCUUAAAUAACCUGCAGCUAAAUAAACUGGAGCAAUGAAAUCCAAACAUUUGGCAUAUCUUUACACUCAGUUUGCUACCUUUGUGAUUUUAAUCUAAUCUCCUCUUUUUUUGUCUUUUUCUCUUACCAGGAAUGGUACACUGUUUACGAGCACAACAGACGGCCAAACUGCACAGUGUCAGACCUGAUCAUGGGCAAUGAGUACAUGUUCCGCGUGUACAGUGAGAACCUCUGCGGCCUGAGCGAAGAGCCACGCCACAGCAAGAAUACGGCCGUCAUUGCCAAGACAGGUAUGCCAGAGUGUUUCAAUGUUGAGUAGAGUACAAUUUGUGUGUGUGUAUGUGUGUGUGUGUAAGAAUUUACAUGAGUCAGAAAUAAGCUGUUUUUCUGCUUUAUGGGUGGUUGACUGACUUUUUUCCCCACCUUCCCACCCUUUCUCUUAGGCCUGGAGUUGAAACAAAAUCCCUACAAGGAGAAGGACGUGUGCUGUGUGCCCAAGUUUACACAGCCUCUGGUUGACAGAUCCGUAGUGGCUGGUUACAGCACCGCCAUCAGCUGCUCUGUCAAGGGCUUCCCUAGGGUAAACAUGCAUGUUGAAGUCGGAUCAUGAUUCAGUGGAAGGGGUUGAUAGUACAGCUGGUCAUAGGGAAAUUUAUGUCUGGAGUUAGCAGUGUGCAUGUAUACACAACUUUGUCAGAAUUAGUUUAAUUGCAUCACUUUUCAAACUUUUACAGCCAAAAAUUAUCUGGAUGAAGAACAAGAUGAUCAUCGGAGGGGAUCCUAAAUACUUGAUGCAGAACAACCAGGGAGUGCUCACUCUCAACAUUCGCAAGCCUAGUACCUUCGAUGGAGGCAAAUACUCCUGCUUAGCCGUCAAUGAGCUGGGCCAGGACGAGGUGGAGUGCAAGCUGGAGAUUAGAAGUAAGCAGUGCGGAACACGGGUGGCAGAGGAGUGAUCGGUCAUUUGCCUACAGACAAUAAUUUGGGGUUUACUGAAACUUGCAUGUCUAAAUGAUGCACAGAGCUGAAUUAUUUAUAUAUGGCCAUAUAAAAUAGAUGACUUAUUUUUACCUAAUUAUGUCAUAACACAUUUGCUGCUAUUGCAUUUGGCCUCAAAAUCAUCAUCUCUCCUUUUUCUCCCACAGUUCCUACAGACCCAGACAAGCAGUGAGAAACCAAACAGCAACGAAUGUGAAAUGAUGUGAACCAAACAGUGAAUGCCAGUAUGUAGAGCACACACUGUCAUGAGUUAAUUCAAUAAAAUUUGCCUUGCCUGCUCAAGAAAA